CGUGAUAGUCCACUAAGUAAAAAAAAAAAAGCAUGGGCAGUAUUACCCAUCUUGUUCGUGUGUUUGCAAAUCACCAAUGCACAGAAACAAGACCGGAACGAUGUAGGCCAGACUACUCGCUGGUUUCCCUUUUCUUGUUCUCGCUUUAUCUGCUUUGUCAAAACUUCUGCAGUACAUCUACUGUGAAGUAGAUACAGAGAGGGAUUAUAGACAAUGAGUUCAGAAGGCAGACUUGGAUCUUGGAGAAGAAGUUUUGCCUCUGGGUUGGGAAAACUUUGCUAGAAUUAAAAUUGCUUCCUCACAAAGGAGGCUUAUUCCUGCUGUUGUCUCGUAAGUGAUCAGAGUGAGCUCUGGUUAGCUCCCUGUGCUGGACAGUUAGGACUAGCAAAGGAUGCAGACUCUUUGAGCCUCUCCAUCUGGUGUCCAGACGCUGGAUGUAAGUUGUAGGGAGCAGGUUUGGGGCUGUAUCUGCUGGAAGAUCCAGGGCAUUCCCAGGGGCUCAGGGCUUUCUGAGCACUGAUCCACAGGGCUCUUCUCACAGGCCUGUGCAUGGCAGAGCUGGGGAGCUGGGAGCAUAACCUUGUGAAUGCUGUAGCUUUAGCUCCUUUCAAGGCUAUUCAUAUGGGGGAAGAAAGGAGCUGAACUUUCUGGAAUUGAAGUUGCUGUCAUUUAGCAUCAUUGGGGAAUUAACUAAAAAGUUUACGCCCCAUUAUAUUGUGCUCUAAACUUUGAGGCAAGAGCUCUUCUUUGUUUCUCUUGCCAGUGAUUCAAGGGUCCCAAUUUUUCAUCUCUAGUUAGCAGGAAGAGGACCUUUUCAUUCACUAAACACUUAAAGAGUGCGUCCUAGGGGCCCCCCGGGUAGCUCAGUCAGUUAAGUGUCCGACUUCAGCUUAGAUCAUGAUCUCAUGGUUCAUGAGUUCGAGCCCUGCAUCAGGCUCUGUGCUGACAGCUCAGAGCCUGGAGCCUGGAGCCUGCUUUGGAUUCUGUGUCUCCCUCUCUCUCUCUGCCCCUCCCCCGCUUGUGUGUGUGUGCUCUCUCUCUCCCUCUCUCCCCCCAAAAUAAAUAAAAACAUUAAAAAAAAAAGUUCAUCCUAUAUAGUCAGCAUAGUACCAGGUUAGUUUUAUGUCUCCAGUAAAUGUGUUUCAUGUCUUAUAAAUCAAGUGGCCACAUACUUGGAUUUGUAAGAUCCUGCUCAUGGCAGGCCUGCCCACUCUCACCCCAUUUUUUUCUCUUAUUUGGAUGUGGCCUAUGGGAAAGCCCCUAGCUUCCUAGCUUCCUUGCUGAGGUCCCAUUCUUUGUUUUGUUUUUUUAGAUUUUAUUUAUUUAUUUUCUUAGAGCAGCGUUAGGGUCACAGCAAAACUGAGAGGAUUUCUCACAUGGCCUCUUGCCCCUACAUGUGCUUCUGGUCCCCAUUCUGUACCUCUCCUUCCAGAGCCCUCGAAAACAAAGGCAGCCAUGCCUCUUGGCUGAAAACAGGCUCACUUCUCUGGUUUUCCUCCCAGUUCUUCUCCUGGCUUUGCCAACAUACCCAACUCUGUCUCUUUGCUCCCUUUCUGAGUGCUGGAGAGGUAGCCUUGACAGGCAGGAGCUGUCAGGUUCUGAUAUUUGGGUGUUUCCAACACAUGGGUAUGCUGGGCUACUCUGGAAGCUGCCCUUGCAAAGGCAGGUUUUCACCCUGCAGUUUGCAAAAUGUCCACUUCCUCAACUUCCAAAGAGCUGCAGCUCUAAUGCCUCCAGAGGUUUAGAGUCUUUGGAAAUCCCCCAAGGAGUGUCUCAGCCGUAGAUUUACAUAAGUUCUCAUUGUCUGUCAGGCGGAUGUUAUGCCCAGGAAAGACCAUGGAAAUUGUGGAUGUAGAAAAAUCACAUCGCCAGGCUUAAAAUGAAAAUGGGAUUAUAUGUGGUUGCAUUUGAUGGAUUUAUGGCAGAAUGUUCUUUAAGGAUUUUUAGGAUAGCAACUCCACUGUUGCAGAGGCAAGGCCUGGCUUCUUUGCUUCGUUGUAGGGAAGGGUUGCUUCAGCAGGGCGAGUAGUAGUUGUCAGCAGGCUGGAUUAAUGGGCAGGAUGGAAGGAAAAUGUGACAUUGACUUCCAGAAAAUAUCUAAUCAGGCCAGGCAACUCAGUCUGGCUACUGGACAAGGCUAGCGCCAGCCUUUUACCCCGGAAGUAUUCCUUUAUAUUAAAGCUUGAGGACUGGCAAAGCUUUCCAAAAGUUUAGACGACGAAUUGUGGGCGUUUGAUACCUCUCUGAUGCCAGCUUUAUAGUUUGUCUGGUGAGAUUUUCCAUUUUUUAUUUUUCUCUUUUAAAUACCAACUUUCACAAUAAACAAAGGAAAUUCUAUCGCACACACAAGCUGAGUUUUGAUUUAGCACACCAGCUUCCAAUGAUAAAGACAGGAAAUGCAGUGUUGAAAACUAAAGGCUGUGUCCUAAGCUCGCCUCCCUGUGACCAGGCUGUCCCCUAGGUCCCAACCUCUCGGGACUCAGAAAAGGAGGCGGCUGUGGGGACCCUGUGUGGGUGUCAGCUCACAUCACCACGGUCGGGGCAGUUUUGCCAUGGUAAGAACCAGUACCUGGUUUCUGAAUAGGUUGGUGUCUUCCUUAAGAUGGGAAAGGGGAGACCAGGCCUCACUGCACAGUGUACACAUCACCCUUCGGCAGCUCUCCCGGUCGUGAACUUGCUCUUACCUCCCUGCAGCAAGAGCAGAUGUCAGUCCUGCCUUGCUCUAUACCUGGCUGUGAAGAAGUUACUGUCCACUAACCAGUUAGUUGUGCGUUUUUGUUCUACUGUGUGCCCCCAUUUACAUGUGCCUUUUCGUCAGGCAUGUCUUAGUGAACGUGCCCUCAUUAUGUGUCUCGUGUAUACAGAGAGGGUCUACUGUGUGCAGCCUCAGAGAGGGCCACAUGCCCAACAAUGAGUGCUUUUUGAUAACAAGGAGAUACUUCUUUGUCAUCCAUGAAAUGAGCAUGGCCCACAUGCCCAGAGCUGGACAAGCCAAGUAGAUACACAUGUAGAGAAUAAGGCCCUAAAGGGAAGGAGGUAGCAAGCCAGAAAGACACAUUCCUCUACCCAGCUCUGUCUCCCGUGGUGAUGGCCUGGUGACUGGUGACCUGAAGCACCUUCAGCAUGCAUGUAUUGAGCACUGUGUGUGACCAUCCCUGUGCAAGGUGCUGAAGCCCCGGAGAUGAGUAACCCCCAAGAAAUGGCCAGUGUAGUGGGGACACAGGAAACAUAAUGACACCACAGUGCCGGGGCAGCAGAUUGUCUUCCACACCGACCCUUGGAAUAGGUCUGUGGGCAGCAAGCUGUCCUGCCAGAGGAGUGCACAGCCUCCCGUUAGGUCAUGUAGACACAGAGCAGACACAGAGCUGUGCCUCCGCUGAGACAGGUCUGAGCCUCACGGCUUCCUAAGAAGGACACGAUCAUGUUUCCUGGCUCAGUGCUGGCUCUCCCCCGCAGUCUGUUAGGACGCAGGCACAGAAGACACCAUGGCACCGAGGGCCGUAUUUACGGUGGCUGCCGGGGUCGGAGACAGCACCCUGUUUCUUCUGUCUGGGUCCUCUGUCCCACGGCAUGCGGUGUGACCUGGAGUACAGAGGCUUGGGGCUGACACAGGGAAGGAGUGGCCAAGGCAGCUAAAAGCAGGCCCCUGAAAGGAGACUUGUACCAGGCACUUUUCAGAAACUGUUCUCAGAGCCUCUUUAAAUGGAAAGUUGAUGUAUCUUGAGGUUUGCAGUGGAGGAGGUCUUGUUUGGUUCACUGUUUUGUUUUUUCAUCUUAGCGGGCAGCUUGUGCAAGCGGAAGACUCCGGAAUGUGACAAGGAGACCUCCAUCUGCACUGACCUGGAUGGUGUCGCCCUAUGCCAGUGCAAGUCAGGCUACUUCCAAUUCAACAAGAUGGAUCACUCCUGCCGAGCAUGUGAAGAUGGAUAUAGGCUUGAAAAUGAAACCUGUAUGAGUUGCCCAUUUGGGCUCGGUGGUCUCAACUGUGGAAACCCCUAUCAGCUGAUCACCGUGGUGAUUGCAGCAGCAGGAGGCGGGCUUCUCCUUAUUCUAGGCAUUGCGCUGAUUGUUACCUGCUGCCGAAAGAGUAAAAAUGACAUAAGCAAACUCAUCUUCAAAAGUGGGGAUUUCCAAAUGUCUCCCUAUGCUGAGUACCCCAAGAACCCUCGCUCACAAGACUGGGGCCGAGAAGCUAUUGAAAUGCAUGAGAAUGGAAGUACCAAAAACCUCCUCCAGAUGACGGAUGUGUAUUACUCGCCCACAGGUGUAAGGAAUCCUGAACUUGAACGAAAUGGACUCUACCCGGCCUACACUGGACUGCCGGGGUCACGGCACUCGUGCAUCUUCCCUGGACAGUAUAACCCAUCUUUCAUCAGUGAUGAGAGCAGGAGAAGAGACUAUUUCUAAGUGCGGAAGAGAGAGGGAGGGCCCACUGCUCUGAGCAACUUGUGGGAUCUCGGCUGCUCAGAGUACUGUACCAGGGGGGCCCGCGAAUACUGGCUGCUCCCAGGACUCGCGGAGCCACAUGUGAAUGGCAAGCAGGAAGCGGGACAGGCGUGAGGGGCGUAACCACAGUGGAAGGAGACAGAUGGAUGCGGGGACGUGGAACUGAGGGCUGCUUGUUAGGCACCUGCACUGUUACUGUGAACGUGAACGUGGGCCGGUACCAGGAGUCUCUCAGUUCAGCAGCCACCACCGGCCGAGGGCUGACUGUUAGCCAGGCACAUGGUCAGGCACCUUCACCAGGACCUAGUCUUUCCUCAGUUUGCACUUUAGUAAAUUGGAUAGGGAGGUCUCCUUUCGGAUUUGUUUCAAGACUGUUCCAGAAAGAAGGCCUCUCUUCCUCAGACACUUCCAUAAGCCUCAGUUGGGUGGUGGUUAAUUUACGGCAGAGCACUGGCUCUUUUGUUGUGUUCCUGCCCAGUAUCUACAUGCUCAACAACAGAUGACGAUGAUAAACAUACCGCUAAGGUUUGGAGAUGCUGUAGGGGAACAUACAGUAUUUUCGUGGGCUUCUAGGUCUCCUGCAGUUUCCAAGCCCACCCUCAAAAUGAGGAAUUGAAAUUUAUGAGGCACAGCACACACUCCACUUUGUUUUUUAAUCAAGGUGACACGUUUAUUUAGGAGUAUUUUUUCCCUCUGCAGUUACAUCCCACUUUUUCAAAUAAGUCUGGAUCCGGGCAAAACAAGCUCCACGUGGUUUUCAACAGAGGCGCCCCCUGCCUGUGGUGAGGCCCAGCAGGUAGCAGUGGGCACAGGCGCUGGGCGAGGGCCCUGGUGGGGGACUCUCAGAGCUGGAGGCGGUGGGGUGCUUCUCGUCCCUGAGCGCCUCACCCCCCACCUUUGAGGCCCAAGUACUAUGUGUAUGCAGUAGAAAUGGAGAGCAGAAUGCAGAUUGGGUCUGAGGGGCAUUCCACCACUAAUGGAAAAGCAGCCUGAUGGAGUCCCCGCAGCUGAAUGUGGUGAAAGGAGCAGGCUGAUGGGGCACGUUCAGUUUCCUGAAACCCAGUGCUUUGGGAAGCCAUGUGGGUUCCUGAGGAAGCCUAGGGAGCUGGGAUAGAGCCACACGUCCCGUCUGUGAGUCUGCUUCCUUACUAGUGCAGCCUUCUUUGAUUGUAUCCCAGAUCUUGUCCCCUGACUCAGUGCGAACUUUCACCCAACUGCUCAAAGCUGUUUAUUCACUGAAUAACUUAUUUUCACUCAUGCAGUAAUUUGUACCUCUUUAUACCGCUGCAUGGUUCCCUCCAGAAACAUCAUUUAAGUCGGCAUUGGAGAGCUAAAGACUUGUGGCCAGUUAAGGAGUUGAGAGUUUGCCUUUGGGAAGGAAAUUCCACCUGUCUUAUUUAUUAUGCCUGCGAGAUGGGUCCUGGGAGAAGGGGGCAUACCCCGUACUCAGCGUCUUUAAGUGCUGCUUGGGGAACUGCAGUUGUUCUCAUCAUCUGCUUUUGAAACAUCCUGUUUUGGGAUGAGAACACAGUGGCAAAAGAAUUGUUCCCAUCCUGAAGCUUGGAGCUCCGUGGCACCUGCAUUCAUGGAAGCGGUGUAGCCUUCGGGGACAGUUAAGUCUUGGGUGUGGUUGUUUUCUCAGAGUUCUCUUUUUAGAAUGUAUCUCAUCCUUAUUCUUAUGUAAUCCUCGUCCUAACAGUCUUAAGUGUCAACUCCUGUGUCCCGGGGUCUCCACGAGCCACCAAUACCCUGCUGCAGCAGGAACACAAAGCAGGUGUGAUGCUUCUUAGUCGUUAAAUUGCACUCAUCUCCCGAGAUACGCAAAGAAUUCUGUUUUUGUCAGUGGAUGCCGACUUAAAAUUUCAGAGCAUCACCUUUCAGAAUCCUUGGGUCUUGGAUCUCUCUGGGGAAGCAAACAGCCCUUUGUGCCUCCUAGUCUUGCAUCUAACUGGAGAGCUCUGAGCCCCUGCACUCCGGCUCACCAUAGCCGACAGGCUCGGCUGUCUCGCGAGUAGCCUAGCUUCCUGGCUCUUGAUAUUGAUCCUUGCUCCUCCCAGGGACCCAGAGCCAUGGCGGGGAGCUAUUCCCAGGCUUACUCAGCUAAGGGUGUUGGAUGACAUCACAGCUGACAAAUCAUCUCCUGUGUCAGGACUAGAAGCUAGAAGUUACAUAAAAUGAAGUGUUCUGUCUCAAAAGCAUUCUUGGGAAGAAUCCCAAAGUCCAGAAAACAGUGUCCUGUGAGUUCCAAGAAUGCUUUCCUGUGAGUACGUUUUGUGCACAUGAAAUGGAUUAAGAAUAUUGUUUUUCAUUUACUGUGAAAAAAGGAGGACCCGUACAAUGUUAAGUUCAUAUGUAUCUCAUUUCUAGGAGGCUGUGGGGUUGGAGAAGGUGUAUCUCAAAAGCAUGAGGGUCUAAGAAGGUAUGCAAACAGCAUGAUUGUUAUCCGGUGCCAGCUGCCACCCUGAGUGAGGAAGGGAGAGGCUGGCUUUGCCCCAGCCUGGGGUUAAUACCUCCUAAAGGACCUGCCUGGGCCUAGGGCAAACAACCAAUAGGACAGCAGCAGCUGCUGGAUUGAAGGGACAGGGCUGGGGGCACCCCUGGCAAGCAGAAGCUCUCAGCUCCCGUAUAGGUGCUCGGUAUCAGCCCCUGUACCUGGAAUGUGUGAUCCGUGCUCAUAGAAAUACCAUGGUCCUGCCUCCCUGGGGCCCCACAGCUAGGGGAAGGUGGAAGGGAAAAGUGACACUUAACUGCUCUUGAGAGGCUUAAACUUCUGCAGGGAGAGCUGACUGAAUAGAAACCAUGCGUCCUGUAGCAAGCGGAAGCACUUUGCUGGGACUCUCAGAGCAGGGUGGGACUCACCUGCCAGCCACCUGGCAACUGUGGGUUUUGUUUAAACUCCAGGGGCUCUUAUUUCUCCUGUCUUUUCCUCUCUGCCCCAUGAGUCAGCCCAGGACACUGGAGACAACUUACGAAGUCUACCUGUCACAGCCAGAAUCUCUGGUGUUCCCACUAUGGCCAGGCUCUGUGCAACGUCCCUGGCCUCACUCACCACACCCUUGUGAAGUAUGCAUGAGAGUGUCCGUUUCUUGUACCUGUGAACUUCCGGAGGGAAAAAUAUCUUGCCUUGGAGAGCCAGGAUUCAAACCCUUCUCCCUGCCUUGCCAUCAUGGUGAAUGCCUCGCCGUCUAAAUGUACCUUAAAUGUCAAAGAGGGCAUGAGAGACUGGGCUUAAAAUAUACUUAAGAAAAAAUAAAUAACCUUAAUAUUAUUAAGCAUUAACUAAACUAAUGAGAUGAAAUGCAAAAAAAAAAAAAAAGUUGAAUCCUUUUGGAAAAAGUCCUUUCGGGUUUGUUAUUGCAUAUAUUUCUUGGACACUUGAGGUCAUCAUUAAUAACGACUGGCUUGUGCUUAGCAAGAAGCAUACUGGUGCGUGGCUUUGAGUGUAGGAAGGGUAAGGCGAUGACCCAGUUUUCUGACAAACACAGCCAGACUUAGAUGUCCAUCUCAGGGCUGUUUGGCCUUGUUCCCAUGGUAAGGCUAUGGCUCCCACAUACUGGAAGCACAUUUUUGUGAACGUUAUCAGAAAUUGGGAACAUAUUCAGUUGAAUGUCUUAAAUGCUGACAAAUCUUCCUUCUUUGACGAAAUUUUAUUUUCAGAAGCAGCUAAGUCAUUUAGAGCCAAAAUUGUUGAAUGGGUAGUGUAAUCAAGCUGGCUGAUAGCAUUUGAAAUUAUAAACAAAGAUGUGAGUAUUAAGCUCUUCAAGAGGUAAUUCUUAAGAAGUUGGCCCAAACAGAAGGGCAGCAUCUUUGCAAGACAAGGCAGGAUGGCUGCCAGAGAAAAUGUUUUUGAAGGACGAUAUUUUUCAGAUGUGAAAGUUCCCAGAGCAGGCACAUUAGGGUCAUCCCUCACACGUGGCUUUGUGGGGCCUCCAUGAAGCCAUCUUGCCCACUGGCGAAGUGCCCAGGUGCGCGGUAACUCUGGGAACUUUGCCUGAAGAAGCCAAAGCUGAGCAUUCUAGUUGCUCCUGGCUUAGGUCAGCCCAGUGUACCCCAAAGUAGGGUUGAAACCCAUAGCUCUAAGAUACUUACACUGAUUUCAAAGCAAGAGUACUUCUUUGGAGACAGAAAGAAUACAAAGUUCAGUAUUUUCUAUCUUUCAAACUGCCCUUAAUAUCAAAGAUAUUUUUCUAUGUGAAGACUUGUGUGGAGUUAAAAGGGACCUGUCCUUUCCUCCUUCUUGACAAAGCAUCAUUCUGAGGCUCUCAUGUGCAUUUUUGGAAGAGAGCUACGGUUUUGUAGAAUUGUCUUUUGAGUGUGUGUUCUGUUUUUCUUUUUUUUUUUUCUUAAAUCCAGAGAAGGAAACUGGUUAAAAUACUAGAAACAUCAGAGUAUUAAAUGUCAGUGAAUUUGUUGUGCUAAAAUAUCUUUUCAAUAGUGUUAUAAUCCAUCCUAGUUGGUGUCAACCGCUCACAGAAAAGCCUGUGAAACCAAAGGGGACAAUUAAGGUUUACAAAGAGACAGGUCUUAGACCAGCUUUGUCCCCUCUGCAUUUUUCAAGAGGCUUUCAAAGGAUCUGCAUAUUAAAUUCUGGUUUUAUAUGUAUUUUUGGACAUGCACUGCAGGUGCAGAGUUCUUGUGUAGGAAGGAGAGGACUGGACAGAAGUGGGAUGGAACCAGGUUUACCUGGGAAACUAACACAGAUUUCUGUAUUACCUUGGCCUGUUUCUUUAAAAAAAAAAAAAAUGUCUUUCAUCCUGGGUUGCUGUGAGUUUUGUUACUGUUUGUGUCGCUGGAUUUAUGGUUAAAUGAAGCACGUAGCUGGGAUAUGAACUUCUUGAGUUUUCACAUUGUCCCGAGUUUCUUUUUGCAAACCUUUAAACCUUAGCCCCUGGUUGAUUGUGUUAAAACCAUUAUGAGAAUGUUAUUUAAAGUUGUAUUAUAAUUGCAACCUCCACUAAUUAUUCAGUACUGUAGCAGCAAAGUAUUAUUUGUAAGAAUUUGGUUAUUUUUAUACUUAUACCUACUUUAAGUCUGGCGUUCUAGUCAGUAAAUGAUGCAAUAAAAUGAAUAUCAUUUUC